CUUUGCAAUAUAUACCACAGAUCAAGAAUUAGAGAAAAAAUGGCAGAACGCAGUGCUACUUCAGGAGCAGGUCCCAGUAGAAAAGAUAAAGGAAAAGCAAAAGUUGGCAUUGAAUACCAAGACUUGAGAAUUUCUGAAGAUGAUGAUGAUGAUGAUCAAGAAACCCAAUCUGCCUUUCAAGAAAGCCCUGAUAAUCGCUCUGCCCUGGUUUUGCCAUUCAAGAAACGGUGGGCACAUGAAGUUGAAGAUACUACUGUUGGAACCCCGCAGGAGAAAAGUAGUACUGAUCAGCCGUCAGAUACUCGGCAGGAAGACGAUGAGAAUGCUCCUGAUGAUCAAACUGAGACAGACCUGAAGCCAGGUUCCAGGGCUGUGACAGCGAACGAAUACUGCCUUUCCAAGACUUUAGGUAGAUAUGAAGUCAUCCCACAUAAUCCCCUGUUAUACCUUGAUGUUGAAGAUACAAGCUAUUUGUUAGAUUGGCCUCAGAUGGUUGAUUUCCUUCCGGUCUCAUUUUCAGUGGCUCUUCUUGUAUUCGAUGGAUAUGAUAGGCGAUACAACAUGCUGUUAAAGCAGGAGGUUGGUGGUGGGAGGAUAAAAUACGCCAUCUCAAGAGGGUGGGGUGAUUUCGUUAGGAUGCAUAACCUGAAAGCUGGUGAUGAGAUUACCUUUUACAGGUUUUUUGACAGUAGAGUUUCCGAUGUCUAUUUUUACGUCCUUAGGUACUUCAGGAAGCCUAUGGAUCGCCCGCCUUGUUUCCGAAGAAAUAAAUCGACACAAGAUGAUGCUUUGCGGAAACUCUUGUAUGGAAGCUCUAGUGUGGAGGAUAAGGAAAAGGGGUUGGAGAAGAUUGAGCCUAAGGUUGAUAGAAACCAAGUGGAGAGUGGUAGAAUUGAAGAUGAUCAAGUCCCGGUGGAGAAAAACCAACAGGAAAGCGCUAAAGUUGAAGAUGAUCAAGUCCCGGUAGAGAAAAACCAACAGGAGAGCGCUAAAGAUGAAGGUGAUCAAGUCCCUGUAGAGAACACUUCUGAUCAAACUGAGAGAAAAGUUCAGGGGCCAGGUUCUAGAGUUCUGACAAGUGAGGAGUACUGCAUGGAAAAGACUCUAACUACAUAUGAAGUGAUAGAAGAUGCGAAGCUGUACCUGGACGCUUACGAGGCAAGCGAAUUAACUGCUUUUCCUGAGAUCGUCAACUACCCUCCAGGCACAUAUUCAAAAACUCUUCUGGUAUAUGAUAAAGACGACAGACGAUAUGACAUGCAGCUAAAACAUCAUAUUAGUAGGGGGACAAUAGGAUACGCCAUCAACUCAGGAUGGAACAGUUUCAUUAGGACUCAUGACCUGGAAGCUGGUGAUGUGGUGACCUUUUACAGGGUUCAAGAUGAGAGUGUGUCUGAUGACUAUUAUCACGUUAUUAGGUACACUAGGAAGUCGGUUGGUCGCAAUGAGACUAGAGAAAAAAUUAUUGAUGAUGGCCAAAAGAACCCCAAGACCAGGUACAAGGCGGAGGCACGGCGCAAGGAGGAUGGGAGCUUGGUUAUUAAGCUGGCUGGGGGGUAAGAGUUUUUGACUGGCAAGUGAAGUAAACGGCAGCAUACUGAUGAUUUUUUAAUGGAAAAACAGCCAAAGAAGGCAAAGAAAGAGGUCGUUCAUUAGUUUUUAGGAUAAUGGAUUGCCUCAGAUAUACCUUUACUGUUGUUGAUUCAUUGAUUUUGUCACUCUUUUACAGUAAGUGGUGGCUUUUUUUCCGUUAAUGUAAAGAAAUAUGGCAAAAUGAAGCCAAGAAAACAAAAGGUUUUUGGACAAUGGAAUGACUCAUAUAGACCCUUUAUUGUUGCAGACUCACUACUUUUGUUAGUAAAUGUGAGAAGUGGGGAGCUUUCAAAGAUCAUCAAAGGAUUAUGUAAUAUUGACCGGUAGUUCACGACUGCAAAGUGUAUUUUACACUUCUUUUUUCUUUCUUUUACUUACAGUUAACAGUAGUUUAAACUUUAAAGUAAUCUAAUCGAACAAGAGUCUUGAACUAAAGGAACCUCUUUUCCCAGGGCAAAUACGUACAGAGGUAGAAUAUAUAUAUAAAAAAAAAAGUGUUCAUAUUUGAACAGCAUGGCUGUCCACCUCUGCCGAACAACGUUAGAAAAUGAAGAUCAUAAGAUUAGUUUAAAUCCCAUAAUUUAAUACAUAUGGCACAUUUGGCUUGACUACAUAUCUUUGCAUUCAUUUACCUAUCCAAUACUAAUACUAUAAUUAGGAAAUGGCAAUUUGAAGUUCUUUUGCACAAACCAUAAUCAGUGCAUCAUCUGUUCUUGUUCCUGCGCGCAUCAGUUUGAAGAACAGGUUCAACAAAGAUCUGAAGGCUUUGAGGUAGCCGUAGCAGCUUAUGCAUCUUUGCUUUCCCUCAUGUCCUUAACCAGCAGAUCCAGCAUCCUGUUCACCGUCUAGACAAGGAACAACUCCGAAGCCUGCAGGAGAAAGUUAACCACUUGCAACACUUUCUUGAACUUCACUCCCAGACAAAAAUCAGCCAAGAAAUGGAAGAUUUGGCGAGGCAAAUCACUAUCGUUGCAUACGAAGCUGAAGAUAUUGACUCCCACGUAGUAUGAAGGAACAUCGCCAGAUAGAAGUGAUCAUGAUCCAGCUGUCCUAUUAUCUUUUUAUCAAGAUCUAGAAAAAGUAAUCCAGAAGAUUGACUACAUCAACAAAGAGUUGAUGGGGAUGGUUAAGGAGGAACCAGACGGUGUCAAAGAACCAAAGACCGUGGCGGAUUUGACGAGCGCCUGGUCCAAAUCAUUGAUAAGCUCACAUGGGACGAGUCAGAUCUCAAGAUCCUCCCGAUUGUUGGGAUGGGAGGUAUUGGUAAGACAACUUUGGCUAGAAAUGUCUUUAUCAUGCAUAUAUAGUGCGCAAGAAAUUCUUCUAGGCCUUCUGAAUGAUGGAGAAAAGAAACGGAGCAGAAGAAGUACCUCAAAUGAAUUAGGAGAACGAUUGUAUAAAAAGCUAUUUGGUAAAAGGUAUUUAAUUAUUAUGGAUGAUUUGUGGAGCAACAAAGCUUGGGAUGAUUUGACUUCCCUAAUAAUGGGAAUGGAAUUCACGUUCUCGUGACCAAUAGGCUAUCAAAUCUAGUUGUUUCAUUAGGAUCUCACAACCGUUAUUUGAUGGAUUUUCUAGGUGAGAAAAAUUGUUGGAAUUUACAGAAGGUCUUUGCUCAAGGAGGUUUCCUGAAUCCAGAAUUAAAUCAAAUCGGAAAGGAUAUUGCAAAAGGUUGCAAAGGACUUCCUCUAUCACUUGUUGUGAUUGGUGGAUUUCUUGCAAAAUCUGACAUGGCACCAGAAUAUUGGAAGUUUGUGGCAAAAAAUAUAAACUCAUAUGUCAAUUCAGAAGAUGAUGAGUAUUGUUUAAAGGUUUUGUCUUUGACAUACAACAGCUCGCCCAUUCAUCUUAAACCAUGUUUCCCUUAUAUUAGAGUUUUUUCCAGAAGAUGCAAAGAUCAAGGUCUCAGAACUAAUUACAUUAUGGGUUGCUGAGAGAUUCAUAAAAAACAGCAAGAGAUAAAACUCUGGAAAAGAUUGCUGGGAAAUACUUGAAAGAUCUUAGCGAUAUGAAUCUGAUUUUUUUCGUGAAAAGAAAGCAAGUGGAGAAAUAAGAUCAAUUGCCUUUCAUGAUGUCUUAAGGGACCUCUGCAUGAGAGAAUCUGGCAGGGAAGUUUUAUUCGUGUCCCAAGAGUACAAUUGAAUGACAUUAAAACUAAGGAUGAACACAAGUACUACCUAUGUAAUAAUCAAGCAUUCUCAUUGCAGGGAAGGAUAGAUGUGUCGGAAAUCCUUGUUGGCUCACGUUCAACAUCAGUUGCACGGCUGUGGUCUGUAAGGCUUGUGAAAGCAUGUAUCCUGAUCUUAUUAGGUUAAGAUAGCGAAGGUUUUCUGUAAGCCCAGUGAAGAAUUUCUACAGCACACUAAGUUGCGGUACACUAGGAUUGAAAGUGAAUAUGAUGACUGAUUAUGAGAAAGAUAUCAUAUCUCCUUCUAAACUACCUUUACUGUGGAAUCUAGAAACUUUGUAUAUCUAUUCACAAGAACAACAAAUAUUCGUACCACCUGCGAUUUGGGAGAUGCCACAACUUAGGCAUAUCGACAUCAGGUUGCCAGUUUUACCUGACCCUAUGGAUGCUCACGAUCCCAAUACUAUUUUAGGAAACUUGCAGAGGCUUACUCUGAAACUCAUGAGUAUAAAGGAGAUCCCUUCAAGCAUUGGAGAUAUAGCAACGCUGAAAUCAAUUAUGCUGCAAGGUUGCAGUUAACCUAUUGGCAAUUCGGCACUAAGAAUAUUGGUGGAACGACGAAGCAAUGGAAAUGAGAGCCUUCAAUUUUAUAUUGAUGUGAGUGUGUAUCUCCAACCAGCUACAUAACCUGUUAACACACACUGUCUCUGUGUAAAUGUGGGCUUGCUGGAUUUUUACGUUGAUUCCUCUUCAUCUCUAUCAUCAUACAUACAAGAGUUGCUCGUCUUUAUGUUUGCAUACGGUUGAUAUCAAAGUAGAAAUGCACUGUGAUGCAUGUAUGCAUAGAAUGAGAAGAACUGUCAAAGAGCUGAGAGGAGGAGUGAAAACUGUGGCUCAACAUCAACCAAUGCCGCCUAAGGGUAGUGGCUGCUUUGAUCCAGAGAAAGUCUUAGAGAUUGUGAAGAAGACAAAUAAAGAAGCUGAAUUCUGGCUUACAUCCCAUACGACAGAGUUGAGUAACCACAUAUUGCUCAAAUCUACAACAAGAAGGCUCCCUAAGGCUAUCUAAGAAAUGUUGAAGACGUUCUAUGAAAGUGCAUUGAUAUUGUCUAUAAUCAGUAUUAUGUACUAAUCUCGUGUGAGCAUAGUGUUGAGGCAGGGCUCUUUUAGUACUUACGAAAGUAAGAUGAGGAAGAUAAGUAAAAGUAUUCUGAGGCAUAUGAUCAGAUGAAAUCCCAGUACAACAUCUUUGUCGUUGAUCAGUUCAUGUACUAAUUAGCUUGUCAGGCUAUAAUUUUUUCUGUACAAUUUGCAGUAUUAAGAUUGAUUCAUAGAUGUGGCAUCA